GGUCAACACGCAUGACACCAUAACAAGUGCGAGCAGUCAGUUUCAAAGAUUCUACAAUAAAAGGCAAAUUGAAAGCGAAUAUUACGUAAACAGAUGACUUUAAUGUAGCUGUUGCAUUCAGUCAGAGAAAAUGUAAAUGAUUGGUCUGGAGGAUAAACAUUCAUGUACAGGUGCUAUGUUAUCUUUGGAUCUAAGUAUAGUCUGACCAGCUGCCAGAAAGUUUUUCAAGAAGUUCUGUAGCCAACCUGAUUAGCAAUGGAGGGGGAGGAAGACAAAAGUCCGGGAGUAUCAAUGAUAGUUAUCUGCGUUGUUGUAGCCCUGAUAGGAAUAGUCUGUAUCCUAGGUAACAUACUGGUCAUCCAAGCAUUAAUAUGCUCAAAAUAUCCCAGAAUUCCAAUCUACAUUGCAAUCGGAGGAUUGGCGGUAGCUGACUUGCUCAAUAUCAUCAUGGAAAGUCCAUAUAUCAUUUUCAAUGAAGUUGGGCAUAAAGGCAUAGUGAAUACACCUUUAUGUAAAGCACAUUUUUAUUUGACAUCAGUAUGUUCAUAUGUUGCAGGAGCACAUUUGGUACUUUUCAGCAUUAUUCGUUGUAUCAUGUUAAAUGAACGUGUCCGUUCCAGGUCAUAUGUUCGCCACACCAUCAUAGGCUGUGUGGUUAUAUGGAUAGUAAUCUGUCUGUCAAACAUUCUAAAUCUCAAAACUGUAUCAUACGACAAAGACUUUAAAGUAUGUGUUGAACGAGGUUCCGACCUUACACCAGAAGAUGAGAGAAUAUUAUGGUUACGAUUUUCGUUUUCCUAUAUGAUUCCGUUACUUGUUAUAGGUGUCUUAUAUGUAGUGACAAAGUUCUUAAGCAUGAGAUUCUUUUACGAAAGUUAUUCCUCAAGAGAACAAAGAUUUUCAAAAAUGGUGACUAUCUUAGUAAUAACAUUUGCUAUUUUCAAAUUACCAAAUGAGGUAGUUUAUAUAAUGAUUUUUUACAAAACUCGAGAGUAUAUUACCACGGCGAUGACACUUUCAGAUGAAGAUGGUGAUGCACUGUAUAAUCAGAUUGAUACGCUUUUUGAAGUUUUGAAAUAUUGUGAAAUCGUAGCAUUGGUAGACUUAGCAAUUCGUCCAGUCAUAUAUGCAAAGUUUUCAUAUUACUUUGGAAAUAGUUUUGAUGAAGUUAUUAACUGUAACUCUUGCCGUGAAAGAGGACAUCGUCCACGACGGAAGAAGACUGACAGCGGAAUGUCAAAUCAUACGACUCUAAUUCAAGACGAAGGUGAAGAAAUUGAUAAAGAUAACCUAGAUGCUGACGAAGAUAUCGAUGAAAAUGCCAAACAUGUGGACAAAGAUAACAAUGAAAUGGAUGUAGUCGAUUACUUUGAGGACGAAGUUCAAGAUUCUAAAUGUCCAAUCUCCAUUAUCAUUAACAACGAAAAAAAUGGUGGCUUGUUUGUUGGAUCAAUUUAUGACGAGAAAAAUGGUAUGGUUUUAGGGGUGAAACUGGAAUCAGAAUCGAAAGAGUUUCAAUGAUAGAAAAAGAAAUUGAAAAAGAUGAAAUAAUAGAAGACACAUUUGGAAAGCCAGCUUGAUUAUGUUUCAUCCUUCAAACAUGAGAACAAAAUUAUAUAAGGUUGAGAAACAAAGAUGUAAAGAUUUCCAAUUGUACAUUCAGUAUACAAUAUAUAUAUAUAUAGAGUUGAUCACCCUUUCUAGUCAUUAAGAAUCAAAGAUGUUUUAUGUUGAUUAUAGAAAGAUAUAAAACUUUUUAUGUAAUUUCUGUAUAAUCCGAUUUGAUCAAAGCUUGAGUGAUACACACUCUUCAACAGCUGGUCUUGUUUAAUGAUAUAACAGAAAUUGGUCUUUCCAUAGAUUUAAAUAAAAAUGAGGCAUAUAAAAUAAUUCUUUUUAAGAUUGUUUCCAAAUGAUUUAUGACAGUUAUGGAAUAUAAGAUUAUAUAAAUUAAGAUGAAUAUUAAACUUAUAAAUUACUCAGAAAUGCUCCAUAUACUGCUUUAUAAUGACCGAUUUUUGAAUUCAUACAAAAUGUUAGCAAUCCUAGACAAGAUUUUUUGCCUUUUUUGACAUUGCUAAAUUUUCUUCCAUAUAGUUUUUUUAAGCAUUUCAAUUGGAUAAGAUUUUUUUUAAAUUUUCAAUGUCAACAUCUAAUGAACCUUGUUUCAAUCAUUUUUGUUUAACGUUCUUCUUUUGCAAAAAAAAUAUUGCAUGUUCCAUGUUGUCUUUGAAAAAGUAAAAGUUUGCAUUUAAAUUCUGUUGUGCAUUUACAAAUACAAUAUCUACAUUUUUUUAUACAAAUAUAUACACACAAAUAGUGCUUAAAGUAAGGUAGUUUCUCAUUAUGACAUAUUAAAGUCAGUCAUUAAUUUUAAUAUAGAAACCUACAUGUAAUUGUUGUUAUGUGGAAUUUGAUAAUAUAUUAUUAAUUGAAAAAUUGAAUUAUUAAUGUCAAAUAUGAGGAUAUUUUUUUAAUGUUCAAUUUUAUGAUAAAUAAUGACUUAAUUUUCCAACUUUAAUACCAAAGUGCCUUAUAAUUUAAUGUAAUAUGGUAAAAUUAGCCUUAGAAAAAAACUUGUAUGUAAAUAAGUUAAUUAAUGAGAUUUUUAAAUGAAUCAGGGAAAACCUGUGUUUAAACCAAAGUUAAUAAUGAGAGUGGUUUGUUUCUAACAUUCAUUGUGUUAGCGAUGAUUAUUGUCGAGUUCACUUUUUGUUUUCGAUUAAUUAUCCUGUAGUACAAGUCAUGAAACAUGAAUUUUGAAACAAAUGAAAUGUAAAAAUUGGUCAAUAAAUCAUUUCUUGAUAAAUUUACAUGCAUGCCUCAUAAUACUUUUGCAAUGAAAAUGAUAUAUGUUCCUAUUUAAAAUUUUAUUACAUGAACAUAAGUAACAUAACUAUAAAUUUGUUCGGGAAUAUGAUGUAUUAAUGUUUCUGAAGUUCAACGGAGCAUGCUACUGAUCUAGCAUAAAAAAGUAAACAUUCAAUUAAUAAUCCAUUAUAAUGCACAUACAUCCUUUGAUGACAACCCAACAACAAAAACAUAACAAACAAGGGGACAAUAAAUACAUGCAUAGUGAUUAGAAACAAACACACUUUAUGCUUCAGGAUUGUAAAACAUAACAAACAAAUUCAUGCAUAGUACAUGUAGUUAACAUGGUUUGAUUAGAAACAAACACCUCUAUACUUCAGGAUUGUGAAAGAUACCUCUCGUAAACUGCAGCUUUUAUUCUUAAGAAAUGUUAUAAAUUAUGCUCAAGUUUUGUGAUUUUUUUAAUGAUAUUCUUUGCUUGUUAUUUCUAUAUGAAAAUGUUGCUUGUUGUGUUAAUUCUGUAUGAAAAUAUUAUAUAGGGCAAAAUUUUAAAGCUUGUUUAUGAUUUCUAUUAUUGUAUAUAUUGACUAUACUCGUUAUUGUUAAGAAAAGCUUCAAUAAUGAAGAAUCUAUGUAUAACCUUUCUGCACAUGUUUGACACUUCAUAAUAAUGAUUUCUGACUGAUUUUUUUUCCCCAACAUUUUUUUCAGAAUUUUUAAUUAUCCUACGCAAAAAUGCAUGCAACAUAUGGAGUGAAUUGAUUUGGCAUUUUGCAUUAAACUCGUGGCAAUGAGCUGCACAUUAUGUAAUCCUUUAUUUAUAUUAAAAGUACAAAAAUGUUGAUUGAUACUUGACCGAAUUUUUGUAUGACAUUGAUAUGAUUUUUGUGAUUAAGCUAAACAUUUUAUGUUUUUCUUGCUUUAAGGAGAUUUAUCUUUAAAAAGUUUAUAGUAGAAGCUCCAGGAGUUCCAAGUUUAUUAUUAACAGGGGUUAGUUGAUAUUUUAAUGAUUUCAAAAGAAAAAAAAAUCUGGAUUGGAUCCUUUUUGAUAAACUCCUCCAUAAAAUAAUUACAAAACAAAACAAAAAAAAUUUAAAUGUAUAAGUUAAAUUCUCCCAAACAUAUUUUGCUUUUUUUCUUGAUUAAUUGUUAACAUGUGCUGUAUGCUUAGAAAGGAAUGUUGAGUUUUUGUUUUGUUAUUGGCUCUCUCUUAUUUGUUAUGACUCAGAUGUAAAUAAUCACCGUUUUCUCCAUUGUAAAUAACGCAUUAUAUCAUCUCUCUAAAUGUUCCAUCUAUUUGUCUCUAAUAUCCUCAAGUCCGUAAUAUUUCAUUGUUUUCAGAAUUUAUUGUGAAAAUGCCUCUAGUGAGAAUUUUACAAUAUUUUUAUCAUGUUAGUUGACUGUUUUGACAAAGAUCUAUUAUGUUUGGCUAAUUUGAAAUUUUCUAUAAAAUGAUUUUUGGAUACUUUGAGUAAAGCCUCCUUUUUUUAGGGCCUUGAAUGUGAAUAUGAAAAAGUAUUUUAAAUCAAUUAGAUAAUUUCUUGAAAAUUCUUUCAGAUAUCAGUCCAAAGCUACAAAAACUAUAGAUGAUAAAAAAUGCCAAAAAGACGAGAAAGUCUUGUCAUUUUAAUAAAGUAGGCAAAUGGCAGUGGAAUAUAAGUUAAAGAUUUUCUUAUUUUUAAUCAGUGGAUGAAUAAUAGUAUUUCAGAGGACUAUUGAAUACUAUAAAUAAAAUUUUAAAAAAUGUAUACGUAGUGGCAGCUGUUGCAUCCGAAACAUGUAUCAUUAAAUUAAUCAGAAUUAGAAAUAUUCCCAGUCUACUAUAGCCUAGACCUUCUGGAUCCAGAUAAUACAUGUUAUAUUGUAAACACGGUCAUUGUAAUGUCCAUUAUGUUAUUUUGACUGUCACUCAAUGAUUUUAUGUAAAAAAUCAGACAACAGAUGUUGCAGAAUUUAUUAUUGUAACAAACAUCUACAAGGUUAAAAAGAGAAAAUUAAAAAAAUAAAUGUUUUUGACUUCUGUUAGCCAUUUAAGCAUAAAUCUAAAGAAGUUUUGUUUGUGGUGUCACAGACAUUAAAAAGUUGUCUCUUUGCAAUGUAACUUGAGUUUUUUGCAUCCUUCUUGUCCUGGUCUUCAUUUGAAAUAUUUGCCACUGGACACUAAGCAACCAACAAUCAACCAAUCAUGUACACUUUGACAUACUAUGAUAGCCAAUACUCUUUAUUCCUAUAUUGACCCUUUAUAAUUUGGCAUUAGAAAAAAGGAAAUCUUGCCUCAAUUUAUUUAGUCUUGAUAUUAUAGUCGCCAUCAUUUUAUAAAUCAUGUUCAAAAUCUGAGUCAGACAAAGGUGGAAUUCAUGAGUUAUAUUACAUAAACAAUACUGAGUUUUAAACUGUAAUUGGAAGUUGGUGCCUUCUACUUCAUAUUAUAUUCAAUAAUAAAAAUUAAAAAGUUAAACACUAAAUGAAAUGUAAAUCAUUACACAGGUUUUCAUUUGUCAUGUUUGCUUUUAAACACCUGCAUAUUUAAUAAAGCAGGAUUAAGUUUAAAACUUCAUUAUCAGGUCAAAUUAAACUUUUAUUUUAAAAAGUGUCAUUUUAUUGAUCCUCCAUUUUAGAGGCAUUGUUUUGUUUGUAAAUAAGAUAUACAGCUUUAUAUGUUAUAUAGUAUAUAGUGUGUUGUAGCUUAUAAGAAAUUAGUGCUAGUCUUAAACAUGCAUCACAUUUUGUAUAUAAGCUUGUUUUCAUCGCGAGUGUUACCAUUUAACAUUAUGUUAAAACAGAAGUAUUGUGGAAUAUAAAUUUAUACACAUAUAUCUUUAUAUCCAAUUCAAAAUUCAUUCAUGUUUAAACAAAACUUUUGAGUUCUUAAAAUUUGCAUAUUUUAAAUAAUGUGUUGAAUUUAAUUCAUCGGCUUUAUCAAAUUGUAUCAACAUUUAAAAAUGCUUUAGAUAUCUAUUCAAACAUUUAUCCAAAAAGUUCUCAAAAAAUUAAAAGAUAUAUAUAAGUGCAAACUUAUUUUCUCGAGAUUUAUAUAGAGAUUUAUAUAAUUGUAAAUAGUAAACGAUAAAAUGGCUCUUUGUUUUGUUUUAUGCUUUUGUUGAUCAUUUAAUGUUAUAUAUUGUAUUUUAAUCAUUUCAUAUAUCUAUUUUGUUAUCGACUACAUUUUCAAAUCUUUUGCAUUUCUCACAUAUUAAGAAUGAAAGAAGCCUGUGAAUGGUCAGUAUUAUAAUUUACGGGUAUUUCAGUAUGACCAUGUGAUCGAGUGUACACUGUCAAUUGACCUCAUCAUAUCAUUUAUGUACAGAUAUAUAUUUACAUUUGGUUAUAAGUUGACAGUUAUUACAUAUUUGCUUUGUCUCUGUGUUAAAUGAAUGCCAAUAACAAAGUACCAAGUUAGUGAUAUUAGAUCUAAGUGAUAAUGGGAAUACAGACGUAGGGUAAAUCAAUCUAUAAUAAUGGUUGAAGAAAGGAGAGGGGCAUAACCUUCAGUGAUUCCCUAUAUAAGCAACCAAAUUCUUUCCCAAAAAAGGGGGGGGGCCUAAAUCCGAUUCUGCAAACCCAUCUUUCAACAUAAACAGUAUGGAUAUACUGGUAUUUAGAAACUUAAUUGAACUAUUUAUAUUAAAAAUUUCAGAAUUGAUGGGUAUCAAAAGUAGUAAGAUUGAUGCAACAGCAUUGGCAUUAAAAGAUUUUUUUUUAAUUGACCAAAAGUCAAGUCAUAAUUUACACGCUUGAAGACAAACUGCAUCAUCCUCUGUAAAUGGAAUGAGAUUAUAGAAAUAUUAUUGUUAGCUGACUCAUGCCUUACAAUUGUAGUACAUGUAGUUGUAGUAAAUAUGUUUUAGCUGGCUCACGUCUGUCAGUAGUUAUAGUUGUAGAAAAGUAUUUUGUGGCAGGUAGAAUCUUGAUACACUAUUUAUAAGUAUGUUGAUGCUUAUCUUGGAAUAUUUGAUGUAUACUGAUAAUUAUUGUAGACAAAGCAAAUAUGUAAGAAUUGUGACUACCAAGCAACAAGACUCUCAAAUAGGGCAUUGAUGUUAAUAUUCGUGUUGUUAUCAAUUAUUCUUUCAAUUCACUUCAUUCCUCUUAUUUCUCCAUUUUAUUGGUUUGUAAAAAAUUGUGUCAAUUUAUUCAUGUAAUAACUUACACAUUAAUUUAUCAUGUUAUGUGACAUGUGGUGUGGUGGAAAAGUUUUAAAAUCCUGCCUACAUAUUUUCUAACUGUCUGGUGUAAGCUAUUUAAGUAGGUAUUUAAGGAAAUACCAGGAAGAAACUAAGUCAUAUAUGCUAGAGGUCAUAAAAAUAGAAUUAUGCUUUCAAUUUUAUUUUAGGUAUCAAAUUAAGAGCAAAUAAACUAAGUAUUCUGAAAUAGAUAAAAUAAGUUAAAUAAUGUUGCUUUAAAUAAAUAAAAAAAGUCAUCAAAUGUUUGUUAAUUUUAGGAGUACAGAAUUUUGUAUUCAAUUGUUUGAUAUUUUGAAAGGAAAGGUCAUUUGUAAGUUACCUAAACAAAGUUGAGGGUCUAUUGCAGUACCCUAUGAGAGUACCCAAGCAUAUCCUUUGCAUAUUCACCCAAAGAUGAUAUAACUGCCCCCCAAGCAUAAUAGAUGACCUUGACCUUAAGGAAUCCAAUUAUCCUUACAUUUAAGUAAAUUUUAUGAUGUCUACACCUGUAACUUGAUGGAAAAUAAGUCUAUGCAUCAAUAUAAUUUUAAGUUUAAUAAAUGCGCUGAAAUUCAUGGAAAUUAGUUCUUAUUGUUUUUCCUUAUUAGAAAACAGUUUAUUGUCUUUGGUGAAAAAUCUAUGUAUAUUGACUAGAUAUUGUGUAAUGAUUGAGUAUAGGCUUUAAGAACAUACACAUUAUCAUGUUCAUGAUAUCACAAAAAAAGUAAAUUAAAUAGAAUCUAUCAUGAUGAUUAUAUUAUCUCAUAAUUAGUAUAUCAAGGUUGAAAGUCUUAAAAAAAUCAAUUUUCAUUUCCAUUAUCACAAUUUUUUUAAAACAAAAUUUUUGAAUGCCUUUUACCUUCCAAACUGCCAAAUUUUUAAUAGUCAUGUUUUACUUGGGAUCAUUAAAAUUAUUCGAUCAUUCAAUUUUUGUCCAAAUUGAAUUUACUUUUUAAAAUCUUUGCAUCAAGGUAUACUACAAUUGUAUCAGGAAUUCAAAUCAUUUCUAAGAUUGAAAAUUGUAAUAAAAAAUAGCUACCUACAGACAAUCAUAAGGUACUACUGUCAAUGACGUGAAACUCAGGGAAAUUAAGGUUGCCAUGGAUAUAUAAAACAAUUCUUAACAUUAAGAAGCCUUAAAUGAUGUUUGACAUAGUACUGCAAUCAAAGAAGCACCAUAAUUAUAUAGCCAUGUAUUCAUAGCUGUAAGGGUAAAGCAUGACUUUAAAUGCGGGUACAUAAAUGUUGUAUUUCCACUUAUGUGUGAAUUUUUAAGCCAAAGAAGUGUGGUAUUAUUGAUAUAUUAAACAUAAACAAUUUAAUUCGUCAACAGGAUAAAAAAAAUAUAGGACACAUGAUCAUUGUCAUUUUACUCAUUGUAACAUCAUGUCACGAUUCGUAUGUAAAUAAAUAAUUGUAAUUAAUCAGGGUACCUAAAUCAAUGUAAAUAAAAUCAUGUUAAUAUAAAUUAAAUAAUUCUAUUCCAAUAUCUUAAUCUUCAGAGUCAUUCAGUUGAUCAGAAUAUGGUGAGAUAUGGUCACUAGUGUUAUAUAUUUCACAAACAAAGUGAAUAAACCAGAAAUGCAAUGCAACUUUUAGAAGUUCUCUAGAAAAUUCAAAUUUUAAAUGUGUUGUUAUUGUACUGGAUCGAAAUUCAUAUAUUUGCAGAGUUAUGAACUGUUGACUAAAUUUGUUUAUCUACCAUCAAAGUUGGUCACAAAAGUUGUUAUAAUUAUGAUUAAUUCAAAAAACUAAAAGCAUUAUAUUUUCUUUAUAUUAAGAGGUGAAUUGAAAUUACAAACAUUUUAUAAAAUUUGUUUGAAAAUAAUAUUAAGGUAAUGAGGAAAUUUGCAUAAGUUGAAAUUGCUUAUUCUGGGCAUUGUUUUGCCUAAAAAAGCCUUUGUUUUUAGCUGUGGUACAAUUUCUUGCCAAGUAUAAUGUUAUCAAUUUUUGUUUUCCUCUUUUUUCUUGCCUUAUUUUCAGCUUAAGAAUUUUAUUGUAACAUGUGUGUAUGCAUGCUCAUUGUAUUAUGGAAGUAUUGCUCAAAUAUCAAUAAAAUAUAUAAUAAUCCA